CAUAAGUGAAUCGUUUAAUUAAACUGGGAUUUAAUUUGUUGAUCAUCUAAGAAUCCUUUCUCCCUCUCUGUCCUCACACUUUUUCAAACACAAUUAACAGUUAUGGUUAAAGUACCUAUCGAAAAGGCAUACCUGGAUGUGGUGUUGGUACCAAUUGGGCUCCUUAUAAUGUUCGUGUACCAUCUCUUUCUUCUAUACAGAUACAUUAAUCAACCUCUCGCCACAGUCUUGGGCUAUGAGAAUCGAGACAAGAGAAUUUGGGCCGACAAAGUCAUGCAGGCUGAAAAUAAAACCGAAGUACAAUCCGCUAUAGCCGUAGUGGCAUCGAACAUAACUGCAGCCACGUACAUGUCUACACUUUCUUUGGCACUAUGCUCAUUGAUUGGAACAUGGGUGGUGAACUCUUCUUCGAACAAACUCAUCCCCAACGAAAUCAUCUACGGCAACACAAAAUCAACAAUACUUUCCAUAAAGUAUAUAUGUCUCGUGACAUGUUUUCUUUUGGCAUUUUCCUUCUUUGUUCAAUCAGCUAGACACUUCGUUCAUGCCAACUACCUAAUCAGCACGCCCGGACAGGGCAUGCACUUGAGGAAUAAGGUGGGAGCCGCGGUCACUAGAGGCGGCGAGUUCUGGUCAAUCGGUCUUAGGGCUUUGUAUGUUGCUCUCAGUUUGUUGUUGUGGUUUUUCGGCCCAAUUCCCAUGGUUGUUUCUUCUCUUCUUUUGGUUGUAAUGUUGUAUCAUCACGACUUUAAAAAAGUAAAUGAUGAUGAAAAGGAAUGGUGCGAAUAGAUUAAUAUAUGUUAGAAAUUUUAUUACAA